UUCAUAUAACCCUUGAAUAGGACGGAUAGGCUACAGUAUAUUUUCCCUCUACAUCAGCCCCAGUCGCAUCAGAUCACUCACACUAUCCCUGCCACUCCAAUGCAAGCAGUUUCACCGCUGCCCGCCGUGAUCGAUCCUUCCUCAUAUCUCCAAGCUGCAACCAGCUCUGAGUCACCAACCACCUGCCUCCGGGAACCGCGCUUCGGGAGGUCUGGUGGGCUGGCAGCGGGCACGGCACGUCUGGCUCUGGACGGACAGAGGGGCCGGGGGAGGAGAGAUAAUGCAAGUGAGGGAGAUGGUGGAUGCCUGCGGCACGCGUGACGUGGCAAAUUGCAGCAUUUGCCUCUACUGUUUUACAUGUGAAGAGAGAGAGAAAGAGCUCAGCCUCACGCUCUGGCAGGAUACUGCAGAACCGGGGAAGGGAGGGAGGGAAUGAGGGAGGGAAUGAGGGAGGGGAAUCGAAUCAGAAGAAAGAAAAGCGACUGAGGGAGAGUUGAGGAACGGAGGGGCACAAGGUGGAUCCACGAGAGAGGACGAGAGAGGUAGCGGGAAACUGCUGAUCCGACGUCUAGAGAAGAGUAAAGACAAGAAGCAUCAAAAGUCCCACAGUCAGUCACAGAAGAGAUUGGUACCACACCAGAUUCAGGGAUGUAGCCGAAGAGGGGAGAGCUCAGCCUUUCCGAGCUCGUCACUAUGAAGAAACAUUCCGCCAGGGUUGCCCCGCUGUCCGCUUGCAACAGCCCGGUGCUCACUUUAACAAAAGUCAAAGGAGAAGACCGUCCCAGGGAGAAUGUGGUGGGCAGCACAUCAGACAGCCAGGCGGCAAACGGCGGGGCGCCGGGGGCGGAGUCUGCUACGGGGAGGUGGAGACUUCAUUGCUGCAUCAAAAUCACGGCCGUACAGGUGCGGAAGGCGCUGUGGGGCGUUGCCAUGGUGAUGUGUGUGUGCUCAUCGUGGGCGGGGUCCACCCAGCUGGCCAAGCUCACCUUUCAGCAGUUUGACGCUCCCUUCACCCUCACCUGGUUCGCCACCACCUGGAACUGCCUGUUCUUCCCCCUCUACUACAUCGGACACCUGUGUAAGAGCCCUGAGAGACAGACCCCCAGACAGAGGUUCAGGGAGUGUUGUCGGUUCUUCGGGGACGACGGGCUGACAGCCAAGGUGUUCUUCACGAAGGUGGCUCCGUUUGGCUUGUUGUGGAUCCUCACUAACUACCUGUACCUUCAGGCCCUGAGGAAGAUCAACACUACAGACGUGUCAGCUCUGUUCUGCUGCAACAAGGCCUUCGUAUUCCUGCUCUCUUGGAUCGUACUGAGAGACCGCUUCAUGGGCGUCAGGAUCGUGGCGGCCAUCUUUGCCAUCGCUGGCAUUGUGAUGAUGACGUACGCUGACGGUUUCCACAGCCACUCUGUCAUGGGUAUCACCUUUGUUGUGGCCUCCGCUUCAAUGUCUGCACUCUACAAGGUGCUCUUUAAAAUGGUCCUGGGCAGUGCCAAGUUUGGGGAGGCAGCGCUCUUUCUGACGAUCGUCGGCGGGGCUAAUUUUGUGUUCAUCAGCUUUGUGCCAGUCAUCCUGUACUUCACCCAUGUGGAAUACUUUGGUUCUCUUGAGGACAUCCCCUGGUUAUACCUCUGUGGGGUAGCAGGCCUGCUCUUUGCUUUCAAUAUCCUGGUGAACUUUGGCAUUGCCGUCACGUACCCCACAUUGAUCUCUCUGGGCAUCGUCCUGAGUGUCCCUGUCAAUGCCAUGGUUGACCUGUACACGUGUGAGAUCCACUUCAACGCAGUGCGUCUGAUCGCCGUGUUGAUCAUCUGCCUGGGCUUCCUGAUGUUGCUACUUCCAGAGGACUGGGACCAGUGCUUCAUCCAGCUCCAUGCUAAGCUGCAGAGUAAACGGGAGGAACCAGCCGAGGAGGAGGCAGGGCCCGGCUCCAGCCUCAACUGGAGCAGGAGAGCAAGGACCUCCAUGUCUACCUUUCCACACUGACCACCGUUAAAUGUGGUGGGACGGAUGGAUGGACGGACACACUGAAACAGACAGACAGAGGCAAACACGCACAUGAAUGGAUGAAUGAACAGAUGGACAGAUACAGACACACAUACAGUGUACACAUGCGCGCGCACGCACACGCACGCACGCACGCAGGCACACACACACACACACAGUCCACCUUGGACACUUGAUUGCCAUGAUGACCUGCAUGGUUGACCUCUCUCUCUCUUUCCCCUUCCCUCUCACUCGUUUCUGCCUGGAAACCUUUCUGUUGGUCUAUCAGUCCGUCUGGGUCUGUUCAAGACCUUUUCAUUUCACUCAAAAAGCACUCAUAUCAAUGUUUGUUCAUUUCACAAUCAACAAACAAUUAUUUCCUACUUGACCUCCACCAUUUUAGAAGUCAUCAGAGUUGGUGCAUGGGCUCACGUCAUUUAGCAAUACCUCAAAGUCAUUCCAUUGGACUGAUGCAUUUAUUUACAUCACGCCUGGGAAGACUUGCGAACUUGCCUUUGCUUUUCAAAAGACAAGGAUAGAUUGACAGACUAAUAAUUAUUAAAUUUUUUGUCAGUUUUUGUCAGACUGAUGAUGGACUUUCUGGCUUUAACAUCAUGUCCCCAUCAACCUUCAAGAUCCAAAGAAGAAGAAAAGCAGGAGAGACGGAGUUCUAGUGGGCAUGUCCCUGUUGUCCCUCAGGUGUCAACUUAAUGGCAAAUACUUGGCUUUAGUGCACUGUAGAUCUCCACAGCCCAAUUCCAAACAGACACAAGCCCCUAAACCCUAGCCCCUAAACCCUAGCCCCUAAACCCUAGCCCCUGCUACUUUGGCAGUUCAUGUAGAUCUGAAAAGAUUAGAUAGGUAUAAUCAGUAAGGUAAUAGUCCCAUAUUGUCCUCUAUUAGAUAGGUAUAAUCAGUAAGGUAAUGGUUCCAUAUUGUCCUCUAUUAGAUAGGUAUAAUCAGUAAGGUAAUGGUCCCAUAUUGUCCUCUAUUAGAUAGGUAUAAUCAGUAAGGUAAUGGUCCCAUAUUGUCCUCUAUUAGAUAGGUAUAAUCAGUAAGGUAAUGGUCCCAUAUUGUCCUCUAUUAGAUAGGUAUAAUCAGUAAGGUAAUGGUCCCAUAUUGUCCUCUAUUAGAUAGGUAUAAUCAGUAAGGUAAUGGUCCCAUAUUGUCCUCUAUUAGAUAGGUAUAAUCAGUAAGGUAAUGGUUCCAUAUUGUCCUCUAUUAGAUAGGUAUAAUCAGUAAGGUAAUGGUCCCAUAUUGUCCUCUAUUAGAUAGGUAUAAUCAGUAAGGUAAUGGUUCCAUAUUGUCCUCUAUUAGAUAGGUAUAAUCAGUAAGGUAAUGGUUCCAUAUUGUCCUCUAUUAGAUAGGUAUAAUCAGUAAGGUAAUGGUUCCAUAUUGUCCUCUAUUAGAUAGGUAUAAUCAGUAAGGUAAUGGUUCCAUAUUGUCCUCUAUUAGAUAGGUAUAAUCAGUAAGGUAAUGGUUCCAUAUUGUCCUCAGAAUUUCCACCAUAUUGCUUACACCUUUUCAAUUCUCUUAGAUCUUCACAACUGCAUAGGGGGUAGGGGGCGAUUUGGGAUUUGACGUUAAUUCACAUUUUGGUUGCCCUCCAGCUCAGGAGCCUGUAGAUGUUAGGGUGUGAAGGAAUCUGUCUGGGCUUUUCACUAUCAAGCUGAGCCAUGGAACGUCUCACUGUGCCUCCAGCAAAUGAGAAGAGCCAGAGCCAGCUACAGCCACACUGAUUGGCCACCUGCUGUGAUACACUUCCCCCAUAGGUCAGAUCCAGAGCUCCAGCUGGUUCCAGGCUGGCACCCUCAGAUCCAGAGCUCCAGCUGGUUCCAGGCUGACACUCUCAGAUCCAGAGCUCCAGCUGGUUCCAGGCUGACACUCUCAGAUCCAGAGCUCCAGCUGGUUCCAGGCUGACACUCUCAGAUCCAGAGCUCCAGCUGGUUCCAGGCUGACACUCUCAGAUCCAGAGCUCCAGCUGGUUCCAGGCUGACACUCUCAGAUCCAGAGCUCCAGCUGGUUCCAGGCUGACACCUUCAGAUCCAGAGCUCCAGCUGGUUCCAGGCUGGCACCCUCAGAUCCAGAGCUCCAGCUGGUUCCAGGGCUGACACUCUCAGAUCCAGAGCUCCAGCUGGUUCCAGGCUGACACCUUCAGAUCCAGAGCUCCAGCUGGUUCCAGGCUGACACUCUCAGAUCCAGAGCUCCAGCUGGUUCCAGGCUGACACUCUCAGAUCCAGAGCUCCAGCUGGUUCCAGGCUGACACCUUCAGAUCCAGAGCUCCAGCUGGUUUCAGGGCUGACACUCUCAGAUCCAGAGCUCCAGCUGGUUCCAGGCUGACACCUUCAGAUCCAGAGCUCCAGCUGGUUCCAGGCUGACACUCUCAGAUCCAGAGCUCCAGCUGGUUUCAGGGCUGACACUCUCAGAUAAAGAGCUCCAGCUGGUUUCAGGGCUGACACUCUCAGAUCCAGAGCUCCAGCUGGUUCCAGGGCUGACACUCUCAGAUCCAGAGCUCCAGCUGCUUCCAGGACUGACACCCACUGCUCAGUCCCAUGGCUUCAGUCACGACACGCCAGACCAACCAAACUUAACCAAGCAGCUACAUUUGCAUUAUUUCAACGUCAUUUCAACCUCCUUAGCUAUCACUAAGCCUCUGCUUUGAUACCUGUCGGUAGGUUUCCCACCUUUAAAGUCACCUUGUCAUGAAGCAGACAUACUAUAGUGGUAUACUCUGUCAGUUAGCCAGUGUUGCAGCUACACUAGCCUGGGUUCCAGUCUGUUUAUGCGCUCUUACCAACUCCUUAUAGAAUUGUCAUGGCUUGGGAGUUGGAAAGAGCACAACCAGAUCUGGGAUCAGGCUAAUGACACACAGGGACAAAUCAAACUGCAAGUGAUUAUCUGUAAGGGUGUUGUCUCCUGUGCAAACCUUAUCCCAAGAUGCACAGCCAGGGGUGGGUAGAAAUGAUUACUCUGGCAGUGGCGUUUUGGUUGAGGCCCCGUUAAGGAAGUCCCAUUGAAGUCAUAGUGAGAUCUGCUACAACAUGUUCUGGCUGUGGCGUUUUGGUUGAGGCCCCGUUAAGGAAGUCCCAUUGAAGUCAUAGUGAGAUCUGCUACAACAUGUUCUGGCUGUGGCGUUUUGGUUGAGGCCCCGUUAAGGAAGUCCCAUUGAAGUCAUAGUGAGAUCUGCUACAACAUGUUCUGGCUGUGGUGGGAACCAGCUUUGUCUUUAAGAUACUGUUUUCAUUUAUUCGAUUGAUUAUGUUUCUAAGGCAAGUUAACCACUGUGAGGACUCUUCAGGGUUACUGAUGAGGUAACGAACCGAGCAAAACACAAACCACAAUGUUGGCGCGGCUUCAAACAGGACGUGGGCAGAACCUCUGCCUUGUUGUGAAUGUAUACAUGACCACUGUUCAACACUCACCAUGUGCUAUCUAUCUUUUCUAUUUCUUCGGAGACUGGACAUGCCACAGCCUCACUACAACGACAACAACCAUUCUUCUUGCACUCAUCCUUCUUGAACGAACUCUGUGAUGCAUCUUAUUAAAAAAUGGACAUGUUUUUCUAUUUCUGCGUUUAGUUUGACCACUGAUUUGAAGGGACAGCGAGUGACUGACAUGCCAUCUACAGUACAAGCAUGCAGAGAUGACCAGAUAUAACUGAGCAGUCCAGUCCAUUCACUUCACUUCCUAUUCUUUUUGUUCUGCAAUAGACUACAGGGUUGGGCUCAGUUCCAUUUCAAUUCAGUCAAUUCUGGAAGUAAACUGAAAUUCCAAUUCUCCUCAUUGAAAAGCAUUGAGGAACAUUUUAAUUGAAGUUUGGAAUUGGAAUUUCAGUCCUAAGUUGGCUGAAUUGUAAUGUACUGAGGCCAACCCUGAAUAGAAGUACUACAUCAGCACUGUAAUCUCCCAUUGUCAUUCUUGGUAAUGACAAUAUAAUAAUGAUAUUGUAUUCCUCUGGAAUUAUUGCUAGACAUAACUGUAAACCUUUGUAAGGAAUGAAGCUGACUUUUCCACUGAAAUAAUAAAUGCAACAUAUGAUUAUCACAUCAGAAGAAGAAUAGAGCGUGGUUUGAUUACAUGACGACGCGGUGGGUUAGAUCACUUAGUUCUUCAACAAGUGUAAUCACAUGUACUAUAUAACAAAUGUUCUUUUUGAAUACAUUUAUUUGUUUACUGGAUUAGUAUAAAAUAUGUAUCUCACACUGAA